UAAAACAGGCACUUUGAAUUAGUAUCGCUGUGCCGUAAAUUAGUGCGUUUCAUUCCGGAAUAAACAUGUUUAAUAAAGUCUGCGAAUGGAUAGAAACUGGAAUAGCGACUCUUCGAACUGGAGUAGCGACCGAUCCACCCGGUACUGACCCGGUCCAACAGUCCGCUUCAGCACGGAGGAAAAGACCACUAGACUGCUCGGAGGAUGGGGACACCAUUGAUCAUGAACAGGACAGAGCUGUUAAAAAGUUUAGAAUGGGAGAUUUUAUGGACACUGUCAGGACCGCAGCUGAGGGGAUGAAGACCCAUGGCUCCAGUGUUGCAUUGUGGAUGCGCAACAGCGUUAACCCGACUUUGAGGAACAUGCUUCCAGCUUCACCAGGCCCAUCUCAUCCGAAACCAGCCACAGCCAAUUCAUCAGGAUCUGUGUGGACUGAAAGCAAGCUGGUUGAAAGACCCUCUGGAACACUGAACAACAUGUUUGUGGUGCCUUCAACCUCGGCUGAAUGGAAAAACAUCAAUAAAUCAGAUUAUUUAAGAACAGAGCAGUCCGUCACUAUCGCAAAAAGCAGCAGACGGCACGUACACACAAACCAUCCACCCCAUGAGAUGCACAAAACCAAUGGCAACUCUGUCAGCGCCUGCACAUCCAAACCAUGCCCGUCUCCUCGACUUGGCCGGCCACUUUGUCUCAAUCCAUCACGAUUACCAAGUCGGUUUUCUACUCCUGGGCCAAGUGCAGGAAACUCCUCCUUCACCAGCAUGUAUGAGAAAACCUUUCCUAUUCGAGUAGUGCAAAACUCUUCUCCCUGCUCCUCUAGUCGUAACUGGCGAGGCAGAACUCACUGCACAGCACAAGAGUCAGUACGAGAGGAAGAAAAGGAGGUCUACAGGCAAUUACUAGCCAUUGUUUCUGACGGCCAGUCAUCAUCUUUACUCGACAGCAGUUCUCCCACAGGACUUCGGUCACAUCGAGAUUUCUCUAGCUUUCUGACCUCCAGCCGCAGGCUGCUGCGGUGUGCCUCCCCUGCAGGCUCAGGAGUGGAAGAGUCUUCUUUAGGUUUAUCCAGCUUGUCUCCUAGCCCACAGACUUCCAGUGCAAUGCACAGCCCUUGUGCACUUUCCAAUGGGCCUGAAACCCAGCCCUGGGCUUCUGAUUUAGAAAACAAACACAUGAGAAGAACAGCGAUGUCUGAGCUGUCAGUGCCAUCACCUACAGCCCUACUGGAUUCCUCCUCUCAGGACACGCAGUCAUCAGCUCAUGAUACAGAUUCUGUCAUUUUUGUGAAGGAGCAACAAUGCAAGAGUCUGGAGAGCUCUAGUAUACCAUGUUUUCAAGCUGAGCUUUGGAUUAAAGAACUUACUAGUCUUUAUGACGCUCGUGCUCGGGAGAGACGGAGGCUCAUAGAAGAACAGGAGGCUCUUGCAUCUCAGCUCCUCCAGCAGCGUCUUACCGGUGAGGGACGAGCCAAUUCAAGUAGGGUGGAGCUGAAGGUGCGGGUCCCUCUGGAAAAGGAGGUUCCUGUGGUGCUGGUUAUUAAGGAGUUGGAGCCUGCAGUCGAGGAGCAGGAGUUUCCUGAGUUAACCAAGGCAAUGCAAGAUGAGGUAAACAGAGCACUAAGAGGAGGCAGUCAGGAUGAGGUGCUUAGUGAAGGAUUCCGACUAACCAUCACUAGAAAGGACUUGCAGACCCUCAGCAACCUCAACUGGCUCAACGAUGAGGUAAUAAACUUCUACAUGAACAUGCUGGUGGAGCGGAGCAAAAAGCCCCAACUGCCCUCUGUCUAUACCUUCAACACUUUCUUCUUCCCCAAGCUGCGUAGCUCAGGUUACUCAGCGGUACGACGCUGGACCAAGAAGGUGGACAUCUUUUCUGUUCAAAUCAUCCUGGUGCCCAUUCACCUUGGUGUGCACUGGUGUCUCUCCGUGAUUGAUUUACGUAAGAAGAACAUCACAUAUUUUGAUUCCAUGGGAGGAGAAAACUAUGCGGCAUGCCGGAUUUUGUUGGAUUAUCUAAAACAAGAAAGUAAAGACAAAAAGGCGGAAGAGCUUGAUGCUUCAUAUUGGAUCCUUUAUAGUAAAAAACGCAAUGAAAUCCCACAGCAAAUGAAUGGCAGCGACUGUGGAAUGUUUACCUGCAAGUAUGCAGAAUACAUCACCAAAGACAAGCCAAUCACAUUUACACAGAGACACAUGCCAUAUUUCAGGAGGCGAAUGGUCUGGGAAAUCUUGAACCGGAAACUUUUGUAAGAAAGGAAUCUUCCAGAAUUGUUUCGGCUUUGUUCUGGUUUACUGUGAGAGUAUUUUUCUCUCUCACUGAAGUUAGUUAAAACAAGCUUAAUACCUCAGAUUGGACCCUCAGGCUUUCUAAAGUCACACAGUCUUGUAAAGUAGUUAUACAACUGGUGCGAGUCCUUUUACAUCUACGUAGCUGGUCAUGUUUUGCUGCUCUUCAACCUGCUGGAAUAAGCUUGAGUGGUGGAAGUUUUCGGGACACCUGCAGAGUCAAAGGCGGUUACUGAUUUCAUUGGUUUUUUUCUCAAGUAGAAUAGGUUAUAAUUAUUACGAUGUUGCAGCAUUAUUUCUACCUUUAAUGCUGCUAGUGCCAUCUGGGGGAACUUGUGAGAAUUGUGCUGAAGCUUUGUUGAAAGUAUUUCACCUCAGCUGAAGUCAUAAUUGUUAGUCUUAAAAUUGUCUUUGGCAUCUAAUAAAGAAUGUGGCAGCGUGGGACCAACAGCAUUUUACUUAUAAAAGUUGAACCAGGUACAUCUGACAAUCUCAAGAUUUUUGUACUGAAAGCAUACAUGAUAACACUAUUUUUGAUAUCAACCUGUUUGUAUUUUAUAAAAUGUUUUGAAUGAAACUUUGUAAAUGAUUAUAGUGUAUCGUGUUUGCCUUUAGCUCUUUUUUAUAAAAGGGGCUAAUAGUAUUUCAUAUACCACAGUUAUGACUUCAGUUUGGUUCUCUUUAAAUAAAGAAGACUUUGGUUUGACUAUAAACAUUUUAGAAAAUAAUUUGUUUCGUGUUGCAUGAUGAGAGACAAGCAGUUAAUCCAGAUGAGCAUGAAUUUUAUAGACAGGUUAAGGUCAACCUGUGUAUAGAACCAGCAGUAUAGCAUCAUUCUGUUUUAUAUUGGCACCAGAUCCGUCUAUUUACUCUAUUUACAAUUUAUUGCUGUUUCUAAAGAUUUUAGGUUCUAUUUGCAAUUAUUGUACAUACCAUGUCUACACAGAUUUAAUUGAAGUCUUAUUUAAUACAUUUUUGUACCUUUUAUUAUUGUUUUGUAUGUAGAUCUGGUCAUCCCAGAAAUAAAACAUUAAGGCUGUGUGCUUA